CAACCCCCACACAUUGGCUCUCCCUAGCUACAAGUCCAGCGUGAUCACAUGACCUGUACUGCAUGCGUUACAAUGAUGGAUAUUUGCAGCACACGCUUGUGUGUGAGAUGGGUUUGUGUUGUGUUUGCGGGGGUGCUGUCCCCCCUCGUGCUGUUCUGUACCGGGAGAAUCAGGCAAGGAAAGGCUGAGGUGAUUCAUACGUGAGUCAACAUCUAUCAGCUAUAUAAGCCUGACCACUCAUGGAUCCUGGGCAUGACACAGUCUUCACAUUUCAAAGGUUUUGCUGCAAAGACACAGACCUCGACACAGAAAGUAUGCAUUCUGCUCUCGUGUACACCUGCAUUUUGUGCAUGCUCAGUCUGGGUUGCAGUAUUCCAGUCCCUUCAGAUACCCUGAAAAACAUGGUCAAACUGCAGGCAGAGACCAUCAACUCCAGAAUCCAGGAACACAACGAGAAGCUAAAACUGUCUCCCAAGCUUCUUAUUGGGGAUCCUGAGCUCUACCCCGAGGUUCCCGCCGAUAAACCCAUCCAAGGGCUGGCGUCCAUAGUGGACACACUAACCAUAUUCCAGAAGGUUCUUCACAGUCUUCCCAAGGGUCACGUGAGCCAGUUGCACACUGACGUGUCCACUCUGCAGGGUUACCUGGUGGACAGGAUGUCUUCGAUGCGUUGCCCGCUCAGAAAGACGGCCAAUGAGAAGUCAUUGGAAGCGUUUUUAAAAGACAAUGCCACCCAUCACAUCACCGUUGGCUAUAUGGCGUUAGACAGACUACAGAAGUUCAUGCAGCAGCUUACUGUCAGCCUGGACCAGUUGAAGACCUGCUAAGGACCGCUCUCUGUUUGCCAUUAUUGUAGCAUUCUUAAAUAAUAUUUAUUAUAUUUAUUUAAAUCACUAUAUAUUUAUAUACCAAAGCAGCAUUUUGGCACAUUUUGAUACAUAUGAACAGAUACAAGUUAUGUCCAAAGCUCCUCCCUGUUGUUAAAAAAGACCACACAGAGGCCUCGAGCACAUUACGUCAUCGUUUAAGCUCCGGUUUCACGCAUGCUGACAUCAGCAUGCUCAGUCACGUCAGUUUACCAGAAGAGCCAUGUCAUGAGUCUGCUGGGAAGCUCAGAUCAUGUUCCACCUUUACCUCUUGCUGAAACACCAGCAGGUACAUACUAUAGGUUAAAUCUAUGCACUUUGAACAUUGAAUCAAUAUUGUCAAUAGUUUUGUAUUUUGUGACUGUAAUAUUUUUUGCAAAGCAUUUUUUUUCACAGAAACAUUGCCAAUAAAAGAUGUUUAACAACGAUUGCUAUUUAUUGUAGCUUUGAUGUGCAACUUCACUUCUGAAUUAUCAAAUCAAAAAAACUUCACAAACACCAGAAACAGAUUCUGGUCAUCACUUUUUCAGCAAAACACUUAAUGACAAACGUAGCACUGGGCAUUUGUUUUAAAUGUCAAAAGCAGUUUUUUGUAUAAAUGACCUACAAAUACCUGUUAGUGGCAUAUCAUAAUUUGUUUUUAAAAAUUCAACAUUUAAUAUGAACAAUUUUGUUUACAUCUCAUAUGCUAGUAAUUAAUGAUAUAUGACCAUUGUCUAAUGAAACCUGAUAGAUUUUGUUGUAUCUCUGAUUUUUAGAUAUUGUCUAACUUUUAUGUUUACAUUUAACAGAUGAUUUGUGACCCUGGACAACAAAACCAGUCUUAUGGGUCAAUUUUUCGAAAUUGAGAUUUUUACAGCUGAAUAAAUAAGCUUUCUAUAGAUAUAUGAGUUGUUAGAAUAGGACAAUAUCUGGCUGAGAUACAACCGUUUAAAAC